AUGGAUGAGGACAUGAACAUGGACGCCCCCCAGGCCUUCGGCCUCCAGCCAGCCUUCGAGGAGCAGCCGCGCCUGCCAGUGAACACAGGCGAUCCAAAUCGAAAACAACUAGACCUCGUGUUCGUGCAAGACUGCACAGGUAGCCAGGGCACAUACAUCUCUUCUGCCACGAAGAACAUCGAGUCCAUCUGUGCCCACAUCUUCGAGUCCGGCAAACUUCAGAACCAGGAGGACCUCCGCGUCGGCCUCGUCGCCUUUCGUGAUCACCCACCGCAAGACCACACUUACAUUACCAAGAACUUUGGCUUCUCGUCCGAUAUCAGCCAAGUGCAUAAGCAUUUGUCAACGUUGUAUGCGUCCGGCGGUGGGGAUGGACCGGAGGCAGUAACGGCGGCGUUGGCGGAGGCGUUAAAUAUGGACUGGAGAGAGUAUGCGAGCAAGAUGGUCGUUCUUAUCGCCGAUGCACCUCCUCAUGGGAUUGGAGAGUAUGGAGACGGGUUCGACGAUGGUUCGCCUGAUGGGAAUGACCCACUCCAGCUUGCGCGACUCAUGGCCAGUCGUGGAAUCACAUUGUUCUUUGUUGCCUGCGAACCAGCACUGAGCGGAUACUCAUACGCUACGGACUUCUACCAAGCCAUCACAUCGAUCACUUCUGGGCUCAUGUUACCAUUGCUCACAGCAGACCUCCUAACACACGCGAUUGUAGGAAGUGUGCUCGAGAACCUGGACAUGGAGCGCCUCGUACGUGAAGUGGGCCAUGCUGUUGCGCAGCGUAUUCUCGGAAACAACGAGAGUGUUGACGACGUUGCACGCGAACUGCACGAGAAGCUGCUUCUGCGGAACGAGAGCACGAAGAAGGUUGUCAUCGAGAGCAUAUACAAGGACUCAGAGGAGGCCAAACACAACGUUGCAGUCUUCUCACAAGCACCAUCACUCGCAGAAGCCAGGCCAUUGCUGAAGAGAGUACACGGCACACGUUUCACAGAUAAAUACCUCCAAGCACGUCACGCCCUUUCACGAUCAUCUUACGCGUCUUACGGCUCCUAUUCAACACCGCAUUCUCCUGUUCGAGCGCCUGCUUCGCCCAAAGCUCCGCCUGCGUCUCCACCACGAAAAGUUGUCACCGAUUUCGCUGCAUUUGGGGCCCCGAAGACUUCCAGCGUCUUCGGCACAGCUGUGGCAUCAUCACCCUUCUCUCUUGCUGGUGGCAAGGCUGCGUUCGGUGGUAUGCGUGUGGGUGCAGCUAAAAUCCCAUUUGAUGAGGACGACGAGGAUGAGGAUGACUCCAGACAGAAGGUUGAGUUGAGGGAAGAUUCUAUUUCCCUCGACCAGGCCAGACGAAUUGCUAUGCAAAGUGCCUGGAGAAGCGCGCGGGCGUGA